UAUUUAUCAAACCCAUCAUAACAAUAAUUAUUUAUUAUCAUUGACAAUUACUCCAAUUAAUUACAAAAAAUCACCAUUACUUUUUUUUUUUUUUGUAAAGUAAUGGUGGUUUUUUGUUACAUAUUUUAUCAUGACGACAGAAAUAACAUAUGACUUGAAUUUUACUUCACAACAAUAAAGUGACAUUUUAUAAUAAUAUUUAAUUUAAUUAAAAAAAAAAGAUCAUAACACAUCCUGAAUUAGCCAGGAUAAGAAAAUAAGAAGAUAAAUAUUGUGAUUUUGUGAAUCAAUCAAAUCAGGCAAAUAUGUCAUCACCAAUUUGUAAUUUAUCAACUGAAUUGUUAUUAAAAAUAUUCUCAUUUGUCGAUGUCAAUGAACGUUUAAAACUCGAAGAAGUGUGCAAACGUUGGUGUGAAAUAAGCAAAUGGAAAUGGCUUGAUAUAAAAUAUGUACAUUUAUCAUACAAACAUAAAUCAACUUACAUUCGUCGUGUGACAAAUCGUUUAAAAGUACUUGAAAUAUAUGACACGUGUAAUUCACCAUUGCUAAAAAAUGUAACUCAAUACAUGAGUACAUUUAAUAAUCUACAAAAAUUUGAAUACAGUACUGUUGAGCAUGUAUGUGAUAAUUUUUUUUGUAAAGAUACAAAUGAUUUAACUCAAAUAUUGGAGCUAUUACCAAUAACAUUGAAAAAAUUUUGUUUACAUAAAUGCAUAUUAUUGCCAACAUAUAACAUUGGAAAGUUUAAAUCAUUAAAACAUUUUUCAUACUCAUAUCCAAAUUAUUUGUCACAUGAGCUGGAAGAUGUUUUAACAAAUGUACUUGAAUCAUUGCCAGAUACACUUGAAUCAUUACAUAUAUUUGGUCAAUCAUUAAACACAAAGUUUCAUAUUGGAAAAUUACAAUCAUUAAAAUUUCUUUGGCUAUGGUCAUUGAAACUCAAGAAAAAUAAUAUUACUGGUCUGGAAAGUCUUGAUAAAAAUUUGGAGCAUGUUCGUUUGUGGGGUAAAGAAAUUGAUAAUGAUUAUUUAAAACAAGUUCAAAAACUUGAUUGUGUUAAAAUGUUUACACAUACACAAGAAGAAAAAAUUUUUGCAUAAAUAUAAUUAUUAAAUAAUUAAAAAAUAUAUAUUAUGGUAGAUUUUAGAAAAAAUAAUUUUUAAUUUGAAUAUAAAGUAAAUUUUAUAUAUGUUUUUAAAAAUUUUAGAUAAUCGAAAAAAUUGUAAAUUAUUUGGGAUUUAUUUGUUUGGAAAUUUAUAUUAAAUGUUUUAUUUUUUUUGUUGACUAUUUUAUAUUUUGAAAAUUAAAUAAAUAAUAUAUUAUUAUUAAUAAAUAUUAAA